UUACAAACUGGCGCAGAGCCGCAGAAGAAAGAAAGUUUUCGGCUGUGCUGGUUGCUUUUAAAACGCUCCGAUCUCCGUGCUCCUAUCUCCGAUUUUGGUAUAAUAUCUCCCAGUAGAUAUAUAUAUCUUGUAUACCCAAUUCCGUGUGCUCAGUGGAGCGUGUUGCGCGUUUUGUGGCUGCGUCGCUUAAUUGGCCCAAAAGUAUCUCAAGUGUGUGAUUGUGAAAGUUCCUGGACGAAGAAGAACAAAAUGUACGUGCGACGUGCUCUGCUCUUGGCCUGCCUGCUAUGCCUUCAGCCGCUGAGUCCUUCUCUGGCCAGCGAGGAUGAGUCCAAUCCGCUGCUGGACAUGGCCUCCAUGUUCUUCCAGGAGGCAUUAUCCAACCAGAAUGGUGCUGGCAACGGAGGAAUUGGCGGAGGAGGAGGAGCUGGUUUGGCUGGUGUGGCCUCAUUAAUUGGCACCUUUAUGCAAGCCAGUGGCAAAUCCGGCGGAGCAGGUGGCGGCGGCGGCGCUGGUGGAGCCAUGCAAAUCCUCUCCGGAUUGGGCAGUCUCCUCUCCAAAAGCAAUGGGAACCAGGGUGGCGGUGGCUUUGAUCCCUCCAUCAUUGGCAAUGUCCUGGAAAUGUUCACCCAAGGUGACGAUGAGGAGACCACUGCCACUAAUCAAAAGCGCAGCAAUUCCGAAUCUGGCAUUGGUUUGGACACCAUUCUUCAAGUGGCCUCGGCCUUUAUGAACACCCAGGGCAACAACGACAAGAGCACCAAUACCCAUCAUCACCAGAAACGAUCUGCCGGAUCCGAGGAUCGCGAGGAAAACGAUAACGGACUGAUGAAUCUACUCCCAUUGGUGAUGCAGGCAGUUAGCUCCUUUGCCGGUCCCGAGGGACAACACACCCAGGAGAAGCACAAGAGCCAUGCCUGGGUGCUGCCCCCAUUCCUGGAGCACAUCCACGUGCUGUGGGACCACUUCUCCAACUCCGAACUGGCCGACGCUCUGUACGAGAAAUCCGGAGUAAACAAGAUCAUGAAGGGCUUUAAGGGCAAUGAUGGCAAGCUGGACUACGACAAGCUGUUCGAAUCCCUGAACAACCAAUCCUUCCGCCGCAGGUGGAUCAAGUCGGCCACACUUUAUUUGGCCGACUGGGCCAGCUAUUUGGCCAAUCCCGAUGUGUAUCUCAGGUACUUCCAGACCGCGCAGAUCAUGUUUAACGGCCUGCUGAAGUCUCAAGGUUACCCCAAGCAGACCCACUUUGAUCCCUCGCGACCCGGCGAGACCAUCUCGAAUCUCUUGGACCAUGUGGCCAAGCAUCAUUUGAACGUUAAGAUCGAUUCCAGGCAGUAUGUGAAGCCAGCAGUGGGCUAUGCCAAGGAGCUACUGAAACUCGGCCAGGCACGCGGAUUACUCCAGUUCAAUGCCACCGAGAUCAGCGACAAGCUAACGGAUACGCUCAACCUGGAGGUUAUUGAACCGGUGCUGAAAGUCCACCGCGCCUACAGAUACAUCUCAAAGUCGCCGCAAUGCGAUCGCUACGUGCUCUGCCAGCUGAAUGCAGCGGCUCUCGAUCAGCAGGAGAAAAAGCAGCAGCAUGAGCAAUAUCAGCAGCACCACCAGCCAAAGAAUCAGCACCAGAAUCGACAGACACAGACACAGCCACCGACAUCGACAUCGACAUCUGCGUCCAGUCUAAUUGCCGGAGUCAGUCCGAAAAUCGUCAAGAUCGGCAGCAUGGGUGCUGCGAUCUUCAUUAGCACGGAAACCGGUACGCCGUUCUGGACGCUAUUCGGCGUCAUCAAUGCGCCAUACAAUUGCGAGGCCAAAUACCCAGUCGACUGCAAUGGAUUCCACGAGGGCGAGGCCAAGGUGACCACAGAAUAUAUCCACAACGAGUUGUAGUGCUCCAUUUCAGGUGCAGAUCAAGAUCUAUGUGAAGAUCUGGAGGAGAAGAUGGAGACGAAGGCUCAUUAAGACGAUUUAGCUGUAAUUGAGAUAAAGAUUUCGUGUGUAUAUAGUAUUACGGAUUGAAAUACAUUUAAAUUUAAACAAAA